UAAUAAAAAAUAGGGAAGGUUGAGGAGGUUUCUGACUGCGUGAGCCCUUAAACCCCCACAAUAACAACACUAAGGUUCAGCUGCUGCUUUCCUCUUCUCUCUGCUAUAUUUGCUUCCUAUCUACAUUAUUUAUAAAGAAAUCAAGCAUGGCUGAUAAAAUUGUGAGAGUUUUGUCUAUCCAGAGCCAUGUCGUGUCUGGUUAUGUGGGGAAUAAAAGUGCAUGCUUUCCACUGCAGGUUCUGGGUUUUGAAGUAGACACCAUCAAUUCUGUUCAGUUUUCAAAUCACACUGGAUACAAGCACUACAAGGGCCAAGUUUUGGAUGACACACAAUUAGGUGAUCUGAUAGAUGGGUUGAAGAGCAAUGGCAUUGAUUACUACUCGCACCUCUUAACCGGCUACAUCGGUUCUGCGUCCUUCCUUCAGAAAGUGAAAAGUGUUGUGGAACACUUGAAGACAGUCAAUCCUAACUUAAUAUAUGUGUGUGAUCCAGUGAUGGGAGACAAUGGGAAGAUGUAUGUGCCAGAAGAAUUACUACCGGUGUAUAGGAAAGAUAUUAUACCCCUUGCAGAUAUUAUUACACCAAACCAGUAUGAAGCAGAACUUUUAAGCGAACAAAAGAUCAAGAAUGAAGAAGAUGCAGUAGCUGUGAUGGAAUGGUUCCACAAGCAAGGAGUGAAGACAGUUGUCCUUUCCAGUACUGACCUUGGCUCUGAGAGUGAACUCCUGGGGAUGGCUUCAUCUAUGAUAAAUGGGAGUCAAAACAGACUUAACGUGCAUAUUCCACGCCUGCCAGCCAACUUUACAGGCACUGGUGAUCUGUUUGCUGCCUUACUAUUGGGCUGGAUGCACCACACACAUAACAAUCUGAAGAAAGCUGUUGAAAACACUCUUAACACUAUGCAAGCUAUUCUUCGUCGCACCUUGGACAUGGCCAAGGUGGAGGCCGGUACAGACUCAUCUCUCACAGUGAGGCACUUAGAACUGAAGCUGGUGCAAAGCCUAAAUGACAUCCAGAACCCCAAGUCCAAGGUUAAAGCAACAGUUUUAGAUAAUUAAAAAUUGGUAUUUAGAAAAGGAGAUAAUAUGCAAUUUUGACACAAUAAAAACAUAAAAUUGUAUUAAAAUGCAAUCAUUUAAUGACAGUUUCACCCACACUGGGCUUUAUAAAGUCACAUACAGAUAAACUUGGAGAGGGAGGAUUUGUUUGUGUUUUUUCAUGUUACAGUAAACCCUUGAUAUAGAGGACUAACAGGGAGGGGAUUGUGCAAGUGUCCAUUAAAUCAGAAUGUUAAAAAAUAGCAAAAAAAAAAAAAAAAAAAAAAAAGCACUGUACUGUACACCUAAUACAGUUCUGUACACAAUUUACAUUUUUAUUACAAUAAACAUUGAAAAUCAAGGCAUUAAAAGUAAAGUUUGACCACUAGAUUUUGCCCAUAAUUUUAAAAGUCCAUUAUAUCAAGGGAUUACUGUACAUAUGUGGAAGUCAUUACAAAUUGUUGUGGCAGCCUUCCUUUUUAUGGAGAUAUAUUGUAGCAAAUUAUAAAUACAAUUUUAUGUUCUUUUUUUUUUAACAACUUAGAAUGGUUGGACUGCCACAUUUUAGCUCCAAAAGUGCAAUAUUGAAUUUCAUGAUUCUUUCUUUUUUAUCAAUUUAAAAUGGUUGGACUGCCACAUUUUAGCUCCAGAAGUGCAAUAUUGAAAGAUUAGAGUAUUAAAAAAAUUUUAAUCUUGUAAAAUAGAAGCAGUAUACAAUGAUGUGCUUGACAAAGGUUAAAUGAGCAGAACCUGUGUUCCCAGUACCAAGAUCAUUAAUCAAUAUCAUGCUCACUAUGUCACAUUGCAACUUUUAAUCCAUUGAAGACGAAACAUUUGUUUUAAAUUUUUACAAAGUAAAUAAUAGUGUGACUUGAUAAAUGAUAUAUGCUGAUAUAUAUUUGAAUUUUAUGUUAGUGUAUAAGGGGAUUUACCAAAAUACCUCUGUCUUCAAGCAGGAAGUUUAUAAGUUCCUCAUAUCAGUUCCUAAUCAGCUGAGCUAUACUUUGGGCUGUAUGCCACCAGCACAAACAGCCUAAUUGAUCAGGCCAGCAACCAGGAGGUCUGAUCUGGUACUGAGCUUGGGGGGCGAUGACCCCCAGAAGCAGCAUAAGGUAAACAUAAGAUAAUGUUGAAGUACUGUUGUGAAGGUUUCAGUUAGCUAAAUAAUGUUACAAAGAUAAUGAUUAUCAGCUUACACAAAAUAAUGCUGAAAAAGCAUUAUGUAAUUUCUUCCUCAUAUUUUUUAAGAAAUAAUGAUAUGGGUUGUCUGAGAUUAUUCUAUAAUUUGUGUAGUCAUUGAGGCUUCCUAUGUGAAACACAUGGUGUUAAUCUCUUAGGCUGAGAUAAAUGUAAAACAUAACAGUUGAGGAAGCUCUGCACUGGCAUGUUAGAAGACCUGGUGCUGCACAGCCCACCUGUUUUAAAAUGUAAUAUAAAUUUCUUUUCCACAUGCAAUAAAUGGAUGCUUGGAAAUUACCAGCAAUAGAGACCAAAUUCCUCAGAGAUGAUUCUAAAGUAUUAUACUGAGUUUGUAGAAAACUGAAAAUGGGAGGAAAUUAUUUUUGAUGCUAAUUUACAGUAUUUUUUUUAUAGAUCAGACAGUGAUAUCAUCUCAUUACAUAUGUAGGUUCAGUGCAAUUAGGUCUUGUAAAAAAAGGUCAGAUAAUGAUGCCAAACUAAUUAAAUAGUCAGAAGGAUUAGAAAGAUUGAAAGUGUUUAGAUGUAGGAUUAAUUCAGAGCAACAACACCAAAUAUCUAUCAGAUAGUCUUCUCCCAUUUUUUCCUACAUGGUUGUUAUAAUUUUUGCAUGUUUUAAGCAAUAUUAAUUUAUACUUAUUGGCCAGAUAUGUAUCAGUAACAAUUUUAAUGAAAGUGCUUAUAACCAUUGUGCAAACUGUAGACGAGAGUGUCCUUAUGCCUUUUGAAGUUUUGAUAACAUUCCAAAUAUAUCUGUAAGGCAUUACUAUCAACAUUAAUACAUCAGUGAUUUAAAUUAUAUUACCUUAGCCCUAAGCCAUGAUCUACUCAGUUGACACUGCCACAUUGAUGCAUUUUGGUAAAGGUCAGGUUACAUUCAUCUGUAAUCAAUAAUUUUGUCAUGCUAACAGUGGCAUGUCCCACCCACCCACCACUAAAAUUUU